AUGCUCUCGUCACGCGCUGUGUGCUGGAGAUGCACCUCACAGCUUCGCACCCACGCUCGCCAGCCGAUCGCCAAAUUGACUUUCUCCUCCCUCGCCGAUACCACACGCAAUGACCAAUCUCAGCGAGUCUCACAGCCUGCUGCUAAGGGGCGGCGGACGCCGCAUCAUCGAGAUGGGAAGCAGAGGCCCAAACACAGUGGCGCGCGCGUGCCGCCCCAGUCAGAUGUAUCAGCUUUUGACAUGUUUAAUCAGAUUGUCAAUGCCAAAAAUACCGAAUGGACAGGCAAGCCGGUCGCCAUCCUGCCCAACGACAACCUGGCCGGAACGAACGCGGUCUCCGAAAUUGAUAUAACCUUCAUGUUGAGCACCCUGGUGGCACGGAAAAACGAGACCGUCAAGCAACGGCUCAAGACGUUCGAGGAGUCCCUCUGGCCCCAUUUGCGCACGUACGGCACCAAUUUUCCGGCACCCGUAUCGCAACUCCUGAAAGAUUUCAUUUACGGCGCUUGCAGAGACGAGAUUCAACAUGGACGAGCCUUGUCCUGCCUCGAGCUUGCCCAGCUCGCAACUCGUGUGGGCAUCACAAAUCCGCACAUCCCCAACAUCAUGGCUCUAAAGAUAUGCCACGUCUUCGCCACCCACAAAAACUCCAGCUCUCAUCGCACAUUUCUAGCCCAGAGUUUAUUGGAGCUCUGGAUGCACGUGUCGCAAAUGUUGCGCCUCCCUGAGAAGGAUCGGCCUCUGCGGCUGGCACUGCCGGACAAGGUUGAAUUUGUAGUUGGCCUUAGGAGUGCGCCAAAAUCGAGUACCGGGGUGCUCGACGACGGUAGCGUUACUCCGGAAGCUUUUCUGGACGCUCUGUUCCCUCACUUUGAAAAUGGCCGGGCGAGAGAACUGAUGGACGGUCUUCUAGCGACGUUGUGCUUUUGCUCCGACCCGCGGUAUGUCACGGAGCAUGUACAAAGAGAUUUCGCACCAUUAUUGGAGCUGGCAAGAAUUUUUAUCUGCGAGUACAGCCGAAGCGCCGAAUCAAUGCUGCAACAAUUUCCCCAUCGGGUUAUCCAUCAUGCCGUCCCCUUUCCAACAGAGAAGUCCCAUGAACUUCAGGCAUAUAUCACAAACCAAUGGCCCACGCUCGUUCAAUUCCUAAAUACCGAAAAAAUGCCAUGGCGUAAAGGCGGUGCUACAUCUGAGUCAAAAGUCAGCCUGGUACAAAUCCACAGGCGACUGCGCAAGGCAUAUGAAGAACGCAAUAAGCCGGGAGUACGGACCGUCUGGGCCGAGCUAUACCAAAAACAAGCCGAAAACCCGAGCCUGCGCUCUGCUGUACAAGCCAGGCCUGAAUUGAUGGACUUUGUCAUCUUUGUCGCCUGCGCACUGCGACUAGACUACGAGUACAAGACGGCCGUGGAGACGAUGGCCAAGCUGCAGAUUCCCCUCACUCUCAAGACAUAUACGAGCAUGAUGCACGGGUGGCGGCUCUGUAAAGAUACAAGAAAGAUUGAUGCGUUGUGGGAUCAACUCGAACGCGCAAACGUGCGCCUCGACGUACCGAUUUGGACGGAGCGCCUCGCAGCGUACAUUCUCAAAGGGAAGGUUGGCAUAUGCAUGACUGCGCUCGCAAAGCUGCAAAAAGACUGGGAUGACGCGGUUGAAAGCGACAGCGUCGCAGAAAGUGGUGCGGUGCAGCCAAGCAUCGAAAUGGUGAAUGCCUGCAUCAAAGGUAUCCUGGAGAUUGACCCGCCGGCGGCCAAGGUGCUUCUCAGCUGGGCGCACAAUAACGGCAUCAAACCCGACAUUAGCACCCACAACAUCAUCCUCCGCCGCGCCUUUGCGACGGGGCCGGACGACGUCGCCUGGAUCAUGGAUCUGAUGGAGAAGAACGGCGUGGAGCCGAACCAGGCGACCUUUGUCAUCCUGAUUGAAGAGAUGCUGGCGCUAACCGGCCAGGACUCGCCUGAGGCGCAGGUCGAGGCCGUCCACCAAGUAUUUGCCGACCUGGCGCGAUCCAAAUUCACCUUGACCUCGGAGCUCUACGCCAAGGCCCUGCACGCCGUUGCCUCGCUAGCCCACGCCUCAGACGCCGCCGUCGAGGCAGUACUCGCGCACCUGCGCCACCAGAAAGUCCGCAUCAACCCGUACAUGGUGACGAUUCUCAUUGAGCGCUCUCUCCAGCUUAACCCGCACUCGUUUGCGCCGAUCGAGGCGCUGCUACGCAAGUACCAGAUGACCGAUACGGAUCGUGGCGACCAGACGCUCUGGGAACGCGUGAUUCGCGCCGCCGCCAUCACGGGCCAACCGUACGUGGCGCUCGCGCGCUUUGACGAGCUGGCGGCCGCCGGCCGCCCCGUCACGUCGCUGCCGUGCCUCAAUGAGCUGCUGCGCGCGCUCGUGGCCGAGGGCGACGGUGCAAAUGCGCGCCGCGUCGUCGACGCGGUGCUGCAUGAUAAGAUGGUGGCGCAGGCACAGAGGGGCCCCCAUGGAGACGUGGAUGACGCGCGCUUCUGGAAGCAUCAUUUUUGGUACAUUGCCAAGGAGAAUAAGCUCCUAGACGAGGCCAACAUGCCGGGCGGGCUGCAUAAGCUGAUUGAGCACUACUGA